GGGGCCAUACAAAUGCCAAUGGUGCAAGCUCAACCUUCAAAGUCGAUCAGAGGAGCUUGCAGAGGAGCUUCUUGUAACUGACAACCAGCAAGAUGCAGCGAUUCACCCUGCCCCAGGCGGGCCAAGCUCACGGAAGCAUCCUGAACAGACUCUGGCGGAGCCUCCAGGCGGGGGUGCAGAGCACAACUGAUGCGGAAGGUGCAUUGGCAAACUUGGUGGGCGCCCAUGACGCCCAUGCCAGCUCGGCUCAAUCCUGCUGUCCACUUGCCUCCUCACCUAAGCAGAGGGCCGGAGGGAUCCCCCAAACUUCCCGCCCAUCGAACGUCCCCCAUGCUUUCUUCCCACCUGCACACGCACGGGGGUUUGCCGCUACAGCAGCGACCAACAGCGCGUUUCCUGAGGCGUUCGAUGCGCAGAUGGAGACGGAAAGCAGCGACGGAUGCCCGGCAUCGUUGGAAGAGUACAACGACGUCCUAAGGAACCUGUCACGAAACACGAGGAUCGACGAGAUUCGCGAUGUGUACGACGACCUGACCCUCGACGGCAUCGCGCCAGAUCGCUCCACAUACCACACGACGAUCGGCGCCUGCAUGCGCGCAAGGUCUCUCCAAGACGUGCUCUUCUUCUACGACCGGAUGAUGAUGCAGGGCCUCAUUCCCGAUGCGACGCUCUUCCACGUGAUCCUGAAGGCGUGCACGCGCGCGCGCGCGCCCAAGAAAGCGUUCGAGAUCGCGGACGAGAUGGAGGCGGUUGGCACGCUCGCCACGACCAAGACGUUCCAGCACCUGCUCGUCGUGUGUGCCAAGGCGGGCCAAGUUGACUUGGCGAACGACGUGGUGACCAAGAUGAAGUCCAAGGGCUUGGUGUUGAACAAAUUUCACUACGCGGCACUGAUCGAGGCCAUCGCCAACCAGAAGCCGCACCCCGGCAGGGACACCACCGGAGCAGCGAUGUUGCGAAUGUUCGACGAGGCGCGCAAGAACCGCGACGCGUGGGUCGACCCGUACGAGGGGGUCUCCCGUCGCUGGCGCGCAGGGGGCGACCACUUGGGUCCCGAAGACGACGACGAAGAAUCCGGACCCGCGCGGCCCGAUCUAGUUGUCUACAAGGCCGCCCUCAACGGGAGCAUCACGCUCUACUUUGAGCAGGGGAUACGUGCGGUUUUGGCGGCGCUGCGUGAAGACGGCGCGGAGCCGGACGGGGAGCUGAUGCACACGGCGCUCUUCGAGCUCGUCAAGGCGCGCGACUUCGACCAGGCGUGCCAGCUGCUGGACGACUUCCCCAGCUCGCCCCUCGGGGUGACGUCGUAUGACGUCAAGUUGCUGUUCACGGAGGUCGUCUUCGCGAAGCAUAUGCCGACUCUGCAGCGCUUGCUGACGCGCCAAAUGGACCCCAACGUGCGCACCUUUUUCAGCGCGCGCGACGCCAACGGCCUGCUCUCCAUGAUGGACAAGAUGCUCCGGAAGAUUGACUACACGAUGUGCGUUUCCAUGUGGGAGGUGCUUCGGGGGAUGGACAUUAAGCCGUGGCUCCCCGCCGCUAAGGACCACAUGCGCUGCCUCAUGGUGAACAAGAUUCCCGAGACGGAUCCGCACUUAACGGAGGUGAAAGGCUGGAUCGACCUGAUCCAGUCGAGGACUCUGAGCGGACAGAAUUUCCACACGCCGCCAAAGAGGCGGGUGGAAUCAGCGGAAGGACGGAAUUCGUCCAGAGAGCCUGAAGAAGCAUCUCAAUUGCAAUGACGGAAAUAGGUGCUAACGAUGAGCUCGAUGGGUCUUAAGAAGUACAGCUGGUAGCUGAAGGGAGAAUUGUUGGAUCCACGAAAGGGGAAAGCACGCUAGCGCCUUUUAAUGGACAACAAGAGACCGUUUUGCGAUAAAUGCAAAGCCCGAAGGCCGAGUUUAUGCUCCACAUUCGUUCCUAAGAGAAUCUUACGUCGCU